UGUUUGUUCUACUCCUUGGUUGUGCCGGGAUUGCUUGCUACACCUGUCACAGGAGUCAAAAUUAUAUCAUUUUUAGAGUGCUAUGGAGACACAGUUAUAGAGAAUGAGUUUAUAGUAGCUGUGAGUUUACCAGGAGUGAAAGUGGUGUAUUAUAUAAUUAUAUAUCAUUGGAAAGGGCAAAAACUGAACUUUAUUUAAAAAUCUUAGAUAACUAAUGAAAAUAGAGGAAAUGGAAAAGAACAUACUCUUGGAAAAUUGACAAAUACAGGUGGAAGGGAUGGUUCAAGGUGCCGAGGCCAAGAUGAAGGGGAGUGCAGCAGAGGCGGUGAAGGUGGUGGUGCGAUGUCGGCCUAUGAAUGAGCAGGAGACAGCCAAUGGCCACAAGAGGGUGGUUGAUAUGGAUGUUGAUCGGGGUGUGGUUGAACUCCGCAACAUCAAGGCACCAGACACUGAUCCUAAAAAGACGUUUACUUUUGAUGCAGUUUACGACUGGAAUUCCAAGCAACAAGAACUCUACGAUGAAACAUUCCGACCUCUUAUUGAUUCCGUUCUAUGUGGAUUUAAUGGAACAAUUUUUGCUUAUGGUCAAACUGGUACUGGAAAGACGUACACAAUGGAAGGUAUUCGAGAUGAUCCUGACCAACGUGGUGUGAUUCCAAAUUCCUUUGAACACAUAUUCAAUCACAUUGCUCGCAGCAUCAACCAGCAGUACCUCAUACGUGCCUCAUAUCUGGAAAUUUAUCAGGAAGAAAUUAGAGAUCUACUUGGAAAGGACCAAAAGAAACGAUUAGAGCUUAAGGAGAGACCAGACACUGGGGUGUAUGUUAAGGACCUCCAACAAUUUGUCUGCAAAAGUGUUAACGAGAUCCAGCACGUCAUGACAGUUGGGAACCAAAACAGAGCUGUUGGGGCAACAAAUAUGAACCUCCAUAGCUCUCGAUCACAUGCCAUCUUCAUCAUCACCAUAGAAUGUAGUGAUCUUGAUGAAAAAGGCAAAAGCCGUAUAAGAGUUGGGAAACUCAACCUCGUUGACUUAGCAGGAUCUGAACGGCAAUCAAAAACUGGCACUGUGGGCGACAGACUAAAAGAAGCCACGAAAAUUAAUUUGUCUCUCUCAGCAUUGGGAAAUGUAAUAUCUGCAUUAGUUGAUGGCAAGAGUACUCACAUUCCUUACAGAGAUUCCAAACUCACACGCCUCUUGCAAGAUUCCUUGGGAGGAAACUCUAAAACUAUCAUGGUUGCCAAUAUUGGGCCAGCAAGCUACAAUUAUGAUGAGACAAUAACAACCCUUCGCUAUGCCAACCGUGCCAAGAACAUUAAAAAUAAGCCGAAGAUUAAUGAAGAUCCAAAAGAUGCCAUCCUUAGAGAAUAUCAGCAGGAACUUGCACGGCUUAAGGCUCAACUCACGCAACGAGGAGGGAAGAAGAAAAAGAAAAAGAAACAUGUGGAAGGAGCUGAAGAGGAUGGUGAAGGGGAAGAAGAAGAUGAGGAAGAGGGUGUUGAUGAAGAGAGUAUACUACAGCAGCAGCAUGAACUUGAUGAGGAAAGGAAUCGCAUUCUCAAUGACCAACAUAUGAUUGAAGAGGAAAAACAGCGGUUCUUAUCAGAACUGAAAAAUAAAGAAGCCGAGUUGAUAGCCAGUAGAGAGGCUCAGGAGAAGCUCAUGACUCGAAUACAAACCAUGGAAUCAAAGCUUCUAUCUGGAGGCAAAAAUAUUAUUGAUCAUACAAAUGAGCAACAGAGAGCAUUACAACAGAGAACUCAAGAGCUCAUGGAACAGAAGAAACGAGAGCGAGAAAUGCUGCAAUUAUUGGAAAAGGAAGAGGAGUCAUCGGGUGAGAUUGCAUCCACAUUUUCUUCACUGCAAGCAGAAGUUGAAGCUAAAACUCGUAAACUGAAAAAGUUGUUUGCAAAGCUGCAGUCUGUCAAACAGGAAAUGGGUGAUCUACACGAAGAAUUUUGCAGAGACCGAGUUGAUCUCCAGCACACGCAGGAUGUUCUCACAAGAGAGCUGAAACUGAAGGCCCUCAUAAUUGAAAAUUUUAUUUCGCCGGAGGAAAAGCGGAAAAUCUUGUCUCGAGCGUUUUUUGACGAUGAUGAAGAUGUAUGGAAGGUUCGACCAGUAGUUCGCCAAACGGGUGGCACUCUAAAGCGACCGGUCUCGUCAGCCUCCCGGAGACCUACCUCUGAGUAUGCCAAGAUGCAGGCUUCUGUUGACCACAACCCAAGAUAUAAGGGAGAAAACAUCAUGGUUGUUGAGUUGGAUCCUGCGGUGCGUACGACAAGAGACUGGGAAGGUCCAUUAGUGGCCCCUCGUGUUGCUGCUGCAUUGGAGGCUGCACUAAUGCCACUUGAUGAAGACCUCAGUAUUGAUGCUUCCCUUGCUACAUUAAAUCGCUCUCAGGCAGUCAGGUCAACACGGAAAGAAAAGACUAAAGGAAAGUUGCCUCCAUGUGCUAAUGAUGAGAUUGGUGCUGUAAUAAAAAAUUACAAACAGACCAUGAGUACAAUCAUUCCAGAGAUUCAAGAGUGGCUUGCGCCCCCCUUCGCAGGUGUCGGACAGUUCCAUGUACCCAAAGUCCCGCGGUCUGGUUCCCAAAUAACCAGGCCUGUGUGGUCUCCAAGAAGCUCUGCAGUGUUCGAAGAUGAUUAUGACGAGGAUCCCAGAUUUUUUGGUAAAAUUGCAAGAAAAACUGUGGAAAGUGUCAUUGAUGAAGAUGUACCAAAGAAACUAGAGAAUAAGAAAAUAAGCAAUGAAUGUGUUGAAAGUAAAAUUGUAGAUAUAGUUUCACAAUCGGUGGAUAAAAACAAUGAGAAAGGUCAUAAUUGUUUAACAAAUUAUUCAACUCCACGGGAGUUGAAGCGUGGCUCAGAAGCACAACUAGUAAGUAUUGAAGAAUCACUGCACUUGAGCAUGGACAAGGGAUCCAGUCUCAUUUUCGGACCCUUUGGAGCUCGACGCACUUGCUAUCACUAUAGGCCUCAAGUCAAGCGUUGUGUGACAUCUUUGUUUAAAACCCCUUUAAGAAAGGUGCUACCAGGCUCUCUCUCUUGUGUUUGUAAACAACAGGCUUCCUUCCUAGACUCUUCCUCUACAAGUCUUGUAUGCCAAAAAACCCAACCAGACCAUAAGAGAAGUUACCCCAGAAAGAGUUUAAGUAAAAUGCAUUACUUUGGUAGAACUUAUCAUAGCCACACCUCCAUAAAAGUUAAUUCAAGAAUGUUUGAAGGAAAUAUUGCACAUAGGUUUAGCUGCCUCAUGCGUAAGAAAAAUAUUGAAUGGAAAACCUCUAUGCACCCGUGCACUUACGAGAGAAUAUUAUGGCGCCUACCGUCCUCCCUCUGGAAGCAGCUCCAACUAUGUUUGAUAGAUUUUGAGGAUGAUGAUGCCUUACACUUCCUCACCCCAGUCAUGUAUUCAUUAAGGCGAUUUAGUGGACUCUCAGGAUCCCGCAUGGUAUAUUCCUUAAGUCGGGACAGUUAUGGUGUCUCGGAGAGAGCUUGGGAAGACUUGGUGAUGGCACUAUGUCUUUGUUGUGUAUUGGUAUUUAUUUGUCGUGUGUAUGGAGGUGUACGUGGCUGUGUAACAGAAGUGCUGGAUUGGAUCUCUUGGUAGACUUAAAAUAAGAGGUAAACACAAUUUAUUGCUUCAUCUCAGAUCAACAUAUAACUGGAGUUUGUUCUUGUAGAAAUUGUUUUGUGACUGGCAUUUACUGAACAUUUAAUAUACAAAUAUGUUUGAAAAGUUAAUUUUAUUUUAUAAGCCCACCACAUGCAAUGCCAAUGUUUGCCCAUGAAUUUAUGGACCAUUCUAUUUCAAUAUUAACAUUGUCAGACAGUGACCACCUUACAUAACUUUACAGAGGAUUUUUCACGGGAGAUUAUAUAUAAAAAAAAACUUUGCUGAGCAUUUAUGAAUCCAAAAUUAAUUUAAUUAUUGGAAUCUUUAAUCAGAUGCAGGUGUAUUUAUUCUCUUGUAUUAAUUUUCUCUUUAUAUGAAUUCUAAGUUGUUCACUGCCAUAUCUGAACAUCACGUUAAUGAUCAGUUAAACUAUAUUAUUCUAUCCUGACCUGUUUAGAAACAUCACUUGCCUAAUUACUCUAAGCAUUAGCCAAACUGCAUAGUGAUCAGACUCCCUCUAUUUGCCCCCAUGACACUUCGGUAAAGCAAACUAAGGAUAUUAAUUUGUUUUUUUAUAAAUUUGGGUUAAAUUCAUGUGUGUUCUCUAUUUAAUAUUGGUAAAGUUAUCUUAAAGCAUAUGUACUGUGAUAAUAAUUUCAGCUGUAGUUGUUAAAUUGAGAAGUUGUGAAUGUUAUUUUAUAAUAAAUAAAAUGUUAGAAUAUUCUAGUCAAUGAACAUGAUUGUUAUAAUUUUCUUUCUGAUAUUUUACCGAUUCACUUUUAUUUGUGAAACUGGUAGGCAACCUGAAAAUACAUUUGGAAGUUUUGUUAAUGAAGUUCAAUGGGUACGUGAAAAUAUAUGAAGCAAGAGUUUAUCAAUGUUUGUUAGCCUCACCAGAAUUAGUUUUUUUUUUUUUUUUUUUCUAUUUUCUCUUUGCUUAAUUUAAUGUACAUGUUUGUGCUGACAUCUUUUUGGUUUAAACAUUUACCGCUGAUUUGAUUGAUGAUUAGUUUUGUGAUGAACACUUCUAUCCUAGUAUGGUAUACUUCAAAGAUGUGAUCUGAGUUAUUUACCGAGAUUGAAAGAGAUCCAUUUUUCACAACAGAAUAGUGAUAUUAAUGAAUUAAAAUACACUAUAACAUUGUUUAAGAAACAGGAACAUAAUAGAAAGUACUGUACAAACAUUGGCACGGCAAUUACUAUCUGCCAUAAGGAAAAUAUAAAUUUUAAAUAGGUAUCAUAAAAUAUAUCUUCGCCUUUAUUUGAUCUAUGUUGAGAUUGAUAUUAAAUAUUAAGGAGUGUAAAUGUAAGACUGCAUUCUAAUUGCCUGGAGCCUUUCUCACAAGCUUUGCCCAUUUCCCUCAUAGAGUAUAGUACAUUAUUGGUCUUGCUAAAUUGUCUAGCCCUGUUUUUCUGAUCAUGCAUACUUGGACUUGCUCUUGUCAAAAUAUCAUGUGAUGGAUAAAAGGUAAUGAGUAUAUUUCUUUAUUUCAUUACAAUAGUUAAUGACAUUGUUGCAUAAAAGUUGGAUUCUAAAUAAAUCUUUUUUUUUAAUAUAGAUGAUAUGAAGGCAUAAUUGCUUGCCAAAAUGCAAUUAACAAAUAUGCUAGGGAUUUGUAGCAAAAUUUUUCUAAGAAGUGAUAAAAUUGGAAAAAUCCCUCAAAAGUAUAUUGGUUAGGAUUCACAUUUAAUUUCAAAAUAUAAAAGUUCAAAGGUACACAGUAAGGGACCACUUAAUUAACAGUUUUUAAUAAAUGGGAGAUGUUUGUGCUUCAGGGAAAAUGUAAUACAAUACGGCAUUGAAAACUGGACAAAAGUUGCAGAAACUUAAAUUUCGGAAUUAUUUAAAAUAUAUUUGAUUGAAUUUGGCAUACUUAAUACAGAAAUUCGUUUGUCAAAUUGAAUUCAGAUCAGUAUCAUUAUUGUUCUUGUGAUACUGCUGUCACUGAUUUGUUGUCUUUAAUCUUGACCAAACAUUGGAUUAACAUCAGUAUUGUUAGUCGGUAUCAAUAACGGUCCAGUGUCGAUGUAUUUGAAUUACUGAAUAAUUCACAAAUCUGAGAUUUGUCGGCCUUGAUUGUUACAGAUUAAUGAAGUUUUAUUGCAGCUUACCUUUUAAAUUAGGUGAUUUUUAUGACUUAAGCUUCUCUCCUUAGUCAGUGCCUGUACGUGUUCUUUUUGGAUCUCGGUUUAUUAAUCGGAUUGUGUUAUUUGCUCAGAUAUAUUAUUUUUAGACCUAAUGAACUAGUUAUGUGGAGAAGGUUAUGUUCAUAGAAGGUGAGACUGGUAACUGGUAAUAUAUCUAAUUUGCAUGGUGGUGACUGACCCAAAUGGUGAGAAAAGGGAAAAUACACACAUUUCUACUGCAAUUUAUCUCAUGGCUUUAUCUUUAUUAUACUUUGAAAUAUUUAAUAUCUCUUCUUUUAGUAUCUCUUGCCAACACCAAAGAUUUUUUACGUGCUUUUAACACUUUUUUCUCUCAAUUUAGUGCAAGUUGCAUAUCUGUGAUAAUAUGGACUUGAGCUCUGAUAGUGAUGGGAGCUGCCCGGCCUGCCUGAUAAAAUGCUGAUAAAAAAAAAAAAAAAAUAGAAAAAACUGAAAAUAAAAAGAGUGAGGUAGUUGUCCAGAAUCGGUAACCAAGUUUGAAGACUACCUGUCUUUCGGUUUAUUGCAUGCUUCUCGGUGCAACCAUAUAUCAGCCAUAUAACGUAUUUAUUCUGGGCAAUUGCUAAGAUUGGCUUUACCUUUAGCUGAGAUGACAACCAAGCCAUUUUGUAGUGAAGGUAAAUCUGGCCAGGCUAUUACAAUACUGUAACCAUGAUAAUGAUGUUACCUACAUGUGGAAUACUGCAUUAUGUUUAGUCUGAUGCAGAUGUUUUAGUUAUUAAUUGUUUAACACAGUUUUAAAGAAUUACAGUAAAGAUUUUGAGUUUUUUGAGAUUAUGUAUGAAACGUGUCAAAGUUUUGUUUUGAUUCCUACAUGAAUUGGCAAGAUAUUUAAUUUUUUUUGUUUUUUUUCAAAAUAAAAUGCUGUGUCUGGUGAUGCAUAGCAUUGUUCCAUGUGUAGUUUUAUCAUUUGCACUUGCAGCAUUGUGGUUAAUUUGACCUACUGUGUAUGUAUAUUAUUUGUGAUUGCCAAAAUUAAGAAUUUGGCUCUGUAUAUAAUAAUCCUGCUUGCUUUGCUAAGAUGUAAUCUAUUAGUCACUAUACAGGAGAGCUAACAUGUGCUGCUGCAUUUUAUAUAUUUAAGGUAGCACCGUGUGGUGUAUUCGUAUCUUGCGCCAAUUAAUCUCGUGUUACCCCUCUUUUGUAGCCCAAGACCUUCCUCGUACAUCACUCAUGACCAACGUAAUGUGUCAAACUGUUAAGAGUUGUAUAUGUAUGCCUACCUGUAGACAACCAUUCAAAGAAGUUAACAACCCAAAUAAGCAACCAAUUGACUGUCAUAAUACCCAGGUUAUUCUGUAUAAAGGAAUGUUGUUGUCUAGCCAAUUCAGGCAUUUUACAAAUAUAUCCAUUAAAUGCAGAAAUAGGAGUGUGAAAUACAUAUUUUUAUCUGGUUGAUAUUGUCAAAUAAUAUUUUAUAGUUUUUUGUUAUAUGAUACACUGCAGGCUUUCAGUUAUAGAUUUUUUGUAUUGGGCGCUGCUAAAUUAGAGAUGGUAGCUGGCGUGACAUGGUUCCAAGCACUAGUAGCCAAUGUAUAUAUCGGCCUCUGUUGUGAACUGUAUAGAUUUUGUGAAUUCCAAUGAAAAUGACUGGUUUUUAAGAUUUAUGGCACUGUAAAGGCCCUUUAGAGAACUGUGACAUAUUAAGCACCACUUGUUAGGGAUUUUUAACCUUGAAAUGUGAACAGUAUGGGUUAGUAGCUUGUUGAGAAAAGUAAGCAGAAAAAGUAAGCAUUUCAUUUAUGUAAUCAUUUACAACUCAUUUUCUUACUGAUGUUACUUUUAUCUUUCAUUCUUCAGGUCUUGCUCAUAUGAAAAUUUAUAGCAAAUGUAUUACAAAAUGGAGGCAUUGACACUGUGUAAGAAUGACUCACCUCUGUAGGUAAAAUGUGUGCUCAGCUUUGAAGAUGAUUUCUUAAACGGCACAGUACUACACUAUUUCCCACGCCUGUUAUGAGGGUGUUGAGCUUUAUUAGACUGAUAUUAAAUUUUAAUAUAUUUUUAGUUAACUGUACAGUUAUGAUUGCAAAUAUAUUUUCUAUAUGUUUUUAGCUAGGGGGCUGCUGCUAACGCAUUGUGUAUAUCAAGUGGAAAAUCAUAAAUAAUGUGUUUCAUUUUUUUUUUUUAGAGCACAAUAUUUUUUAAUUUUCUUCAAAUAGUUCUUAAAUGAACUGAUGUUUAAUAUAAAAAUUGACAAAGUUUCAUCAACGUUAUUGAUUAAUUCAGCAUCAUUCACUUGCAAUUAUUAAUUGUUCCUUAAAUUUUGGUCUUCAUAUACACUUACUUGAAAAGCAGAUGGUAAUUUGUCAGCAAGGUCAGAUACCUGUACCAUUCAGUAUGUCACUAUGGACAGCUUUACUAUAUUGUAUUCUAGUUUUUCACCGGUGUUUUACAGGCUCAUGUACUCAGUUUGAUAGCUCAUAUCUGACUAGUUAACAGUUUAACUUUUUGGUCAAAUCCUAAUUUGAUAGCAGCAAAAUGGAUGGGUAUUAAUGUUCAUUAUAUAAUUUUGCUGCUGCUCAGAUAUAUUCGUUGCAUAUAUUUACCAUUAAUUUUGGAAUAUUAUUGGUGCAAAGAAAUUUUUUGUUUUGCUGAACUAUAUCUCGCUACAUAUUUACAGUAUUUUACUCUUAAGCAAUCCAAUAAAGAAUAAAUGAACCACAGCGAUUUCAAAUAAAAACUGAGUACACAAGAGUGUUACCUUCAUAAGGUUUCCUAUAUAUUAGUUUGUCUGUAUGAUAUUUAAAAUGUAUAGUAAUUAAGGUACAGUACUGUAAUAUAAUCCAACUUUAAAGGUCACAGUAUUUGGGGUUUAUACCACUUGAGAAUGUUGAUAUUUAUUUUUAACACCCUCUAUUUGUACUGCCUUAGUGUUUUCUUUUGAUGAAUACAUUAACUGCAUCUGCUUAAUUCAGAAUAAACCAGCUGGAGCUCAUAUUUGAUAUGGUUUAAGUGCCAAUUCAGUUUUCUGUAAAGUCCGUGAAUGUAAUGUGCAGUCUUUUCCAUGGCAAUCUUGCUGUUUACAUUAACAUAGAAAGAUGGGGAUGGCAACAAAAACAGUGUUGUUAUUUUAAAAUCUUUGACAAUGGUUAAUAAAAUUCAGUAGGCCAUUAUUAGGUUUUUAUUCCAUUAUUAGAUUUUGCUACAGGCUAGCUAAAGGGUUUUAUAGAGGAUCAAAUAAUUGCUUGUCAUGAGUGCAGCACUUUACAUUUAAAAGGAAAUUAGUCAUCUCCAGAAGUGGAAUAAGGCCAGAUGUUGAGGAUUAAUGGGUAAAUAUUUACAUAUGCAUUAUGUAUUUAUGUUUACCAAGUUUCAAAGGGUUGUGUAGCUUUCAAAAACGUCUGGGUUGGUGCCUUCUUUUGAUAAUUACUUAAUUGAUAAUUACUUACUUUCAAAAACUUACUUAUAUAAAUUAUUCUGACAGGAAAUAUGAUUUGGUACAACAUGUGAUUUGCAAAAUUACUGUAGUUUUUUAUAAAAUGGUUCAAAUUUUGUAGCUGGCUUUAUGAUGUACCACAUUGAUAUCCGGCAUGAAAAUUUCAUAGAUCAAAAUGACAUUUCAUGGCUCGAUGUUCAAAUUGAACAUUUCUCAUGUGGCUAUAAACUUGUAACAGAAAGGUCCUGGGUUUAAGUGUUCCAUGUUGGACAAGAAGUUUGGGUACAUUUCCUUUACCUCUGUUAACCUAGUAGUAAAUAUGUACAGUACUUAAAAGUUAGUCAGCUGUUGUGGGUUGCAUUUUGGAAGUCAGUUAGUCAUUGACCUAGGGAAGAUCUCGAUAAACUUAACAGGGUUCCUUUUUCCCUGACAGUGGGAAGCCAUAUUCUCCAAUUGAAGACUCAUUCUUGAAUAUAGGCCACAGUUUUGCCCUAAAUAAUACUACUACCUUUGUUAAACAAUUGAGGUGUACUAAAAUGUAGAUUUGGAUAGUUGGGGGAUAAAGCAUUUCAUGAUUCAACUUUAGCAGAAAACACACUUUUAAUGAAGACUUAUAGUGUCAUUGACACCAUAAGUGCAUUUAUUGAAGAUACAGAUUUGUGGCAUUCAUGUAUUGUAAUUGGUUACAUCUUUUGAUCAAUAUUAAAUUGCAACUUCAUAGACAUGACCACUUUUUAACUUGGAAAGAUUUUCCCUCUGACACUCAUGAGCGGUGUCAUUCCCAGAUGGCACAUCAGUAAGAAACAGUUUUUAAUCAAAAUCUGGAAACUUGGAGCUUUGAGCUGGGUGUAAGGUUUUGCAAUGUUUUGACAGCAUCUUUUUUAAACAAUUAUUGAGGGUGUUCUUUAUUGACAUGUUAAGGAAAUAUUUGUCCAUAACCUGAAGAUUGUUCUAUGGUUAGGAAGUAGUUGUGAAUAUAUAACAGUUGUUGAAAAUGUAGUCCAGAAGGCUUUGUUUAUAAAUACUGCAUUUCUCUUGUGUUCUUAUCAUUUUUUUUCAACAUUUGUGCUUUUCAGUCAUGGUGUUGUCAUCAUGAACUGUUACAAAACUGUUUGCAUGAACAUUACCCUACGUUGGAAUAAGUGUACUUAUAUUACUAGAAUCCAAAAUACUCGUAUGUAAUGUUGAUAAUGAUAGAUAUAUAAAUACAGUAUAGAUUUUCUUCUAAGAAGGAAAGAGACUUGACAAUUUGUAGAGCAACUUACCUGGAGCAAAACAAAGCAUCCACAAAUAUCUAAGUAGCUUGUUAAGCUUUGCUUUAUAUAAUUUGUUCAAGAUAUUUAAGUUGUCAUUGAUAACUGAUGUGUAUUUGUAUGAAAAUAUACCAGUGUCUACUAAAUGUUAUCGUUAUGCUGUGGUCAGACCAUCCAAAGAAAUAGUAAAUAUUUGUGUGCAUGUUUUUGGCUAAUUUACUGCGAUUCAUUUAUCCUACCUAAAUGAGUACAGUAAUAAUAUUCAAAAUAUUGAGUUCUCAGAAGUGUGUAUCUUUCAGAAAGGAAAGUCAUCUUCACUGGAGAUUAUCUUUAUUACAGAAGUGUCACUUAGAGAUUCAUUUUGUUUAUUUGUUGCUAGGAAGAUUAUCUUCGUCAGUAUUAGAGAAGAAAAAAGUUACUGUAACGCUGUAUGCAGUAAUUAUGAUAAAAAUGUAAUAGAACAUUAUUCAGGAAUUUUCCUAUUACAGAUUAAGACUACAAAUUAUGGUUGUACAUGUAUUUCCUCAAAUGUGUGUAAAAGAUCUAGGGAAAUCUAUUGUUAAUUAAGAUUCCCUCAUUUUCCUGCAUUCUAGUCUUAUGGCAGCUUCUUCCUUGCUAGUGAAAUAUCUUAGACGGGUGUUGCUGAAUGAUAAAGUAUGUGAAACAAUUCAUGACAAUAUUACUAAUGCCAAUGUGCAUACCGCUAGAAAUUUAUAGUAUGACAUGAAAAUCUGAUGGACUAAGCUUGUACAGAGUACAUUUGUCAAAAGAACAGUUCAGAUGGUCAGAACUGAAUACAGACAGUUGUGAUUAUAUUUUCUUAAUUGUGAAACUCAUAAUUUUUUACAAAUUUAUUAUUUAUUUAUUCCCUUCAGUUUGCUGUAGACACUAGCCAGUCAUGGAACUGGUAGAGUUUACGGCAUAAUUCUCUAAUCUAUAUUCCUAAUACAGUACUUUACAUUGUAUAUUUAUUAUAUUGGUGCAUUAUACUCUUCAGGAAC